AUGCCAACGAUCCUUCCGGGCCGGCCGCACGCUGGCAGGCAGGCCAUCAGUACAGCAUACUGGAAUGGCAUCCGCCUUACCGCAUACGUGUCCCGAAGCGCAAUCGUCAUCACCACAGAUCUGUACUCGAUCCUUCAGACGAUCCACCUCGAUUGCGAGCCCUUGCAUGCGGUAGCCAUCGAAGAGUUCUCCGGGCGCAUUGCUGCAUGCAACUCCACCACCGCCUACGUGUAUGAACCCGUUGGCAAGGGAACUCUGAAAUGGGAGUCACUCGGACCAGACGGAGGGGUAUUGUCCACCUCUUUGCGGUCGACGAAUGGUGCCAUGAAUGGAGACGAUACCCAGGUCAAUGGUAGACACUCGAACCCAGAGUUGAGAAGAGCAUCGAUACCGACAAUUGAGACCAUCAACUCAUUGUCAUGGGCAUCGGCGGAAGAACUACUGCUGGCAGGCUCCCGUAUGCAACUAUGGUUCGUUGCCUAUGAUUCUCGAGUCGUCUGGGACCAGGAGCUGCCAUACCCGGUGGCAUUGGCUUACUGCUCCCACGACGCCGGACUGAUUGCAUCUUGUGGCCAGCACGAUCGCCUAGUCAAGAUUUGGAGGCGUCUAGCAUAUGAAUCGGACAGCACCCGGUUCGAUGUUUCUUACCUCCCACAUCCAUCCUCCGUCACGAACAUGCACUGGCGGAAACCAUGGCACCAGGAGCAAAACCUCGACAACUUGCUUUACACAUUCUGUGCUGACGGGUACGUUCGCGUCUGGGCUCAGCUGGAGCCCCAUUCCGCGACGGUCAUGCAGAAGGUUGCAGCCAUUGACACCAAUACCACCAUACAGCCACGGAGGCUGAGCCAAGGGUCCAUCAGUAAACGGCGCUAUGCUUUCAUCCUGGACAGCAGAGACUUCUCACAUGCUACUGAGAGGGCUGUUGAAAACACCACGAGUACGAAAGCCGAUCAUGCGCUGGAGCAUUUGAUUGAAAUUGCGAACCGCAGCCCCGAGAUCUGCGUCGUUCUGGAUGGUCUCGGACACAUGUCUGCAUGGGGCUUGGAGAAUGCCGGGUGCAAGAACAAAGCUCCUGCUGAAGUCUUCAACGUGGCGCAUGUAGACAAUGUUGACCUGUCGCUACUGGAAAAGGCACAUCUUGAUGGCGAACAUGUUCAAUUUUGCACUUUUGCUGGGGGAAACGCACCGUCGUCAAUCUCCCUCCUUGUACACUCCUUUGAUGGCACAGUGUCUCAUUACGAGGCUCACAUAGCUGGCCUGUUCGACACCGCGACUCGCCGAGAGCGACUUCAGCAGUCUGCAUCAUGGGCCGGUCACGAGGAACCUGUAAACGGCAUAAUCCACAACAAAGCCGGCGACCAGCUUCUGACAUGGACAAUCCGCGAUGCCAACAUCUUCUCCAUCGAAGACGUCGAUGACGGAAAUGUUCUCACCAUUCAAACAUCACGCACAUUCGAUAGCGACAUUCUCGACAUUUGUUAUGCGGAAGACUAUGCCAUCGUUCUUCUUCACGAUUCUUUGCAGCUUCUCCCGGGCCGCGAUGCCAUACCACUUCGGAAACGGCAGAAGCCUGUCCGGUUAAAGCCACUUGACUCUGGUUCCUCCGAGCGCGAGGGCCACUUUGCUAUUGAGUAUGCUAAUGAUGACGUUGAAGUCUGGAUCCCACAACCACCCUCCAACAAUGAUUUAGACAAGGCUUUUGCCCCAGCCGCUGUUGAUCAGGCUGGGCACCAGUAUCUAUUCGCCCUCUUCUCCUCCCUCUCCUCACCACUCGCUUGGCAUGCAAUCCUGUCCGCAUCUCAUUCCACCUCUCAAGACAUUCUCACUACACUCACGCACGAUUAUUACGGUGGUGUCGGUCGCCUCACCUGGCCCCGCGCACGAGCCUGCGGCCUCCUGAUGUGGCUCUCGGAACGCGAAGCGCUGCUAGAGCAGACCGAAAACGUCGCGCGCGCCGAAUUCACCAAACGAGAAGAUCGUAACCCGGUCGAGAGCUCCUUACUGUAUUUCGCCCUCGGCAAGAAGACAGUCGUCCAAGGUUUGUGGCGCACGGCCAUCGGCGUCCGCGAGCGGGACAACACCAUGAAACUGCUGGCGAACAACUUUGCCGAGCCGCGGUGGCGGCAGACGGCUCUGAAGAAUGCCUACGCGCUGCUCAGCAAGCGGAGAUUCGAGUACGGCGCCGCGUGGUUCGUGCUGGCCGGAAACUUGAAAGCUGCCGUGAACGUCUGCGUCAAUCAAGUGCGGGACUUGCAAUUGGCGAUCGUGAUCUCAAGGGUCUAUCACCACCACCCAGACGGCGAGAAGAUGUUGCGCGAGCUGCUCGAGGCGACCGUCCUCCCAAAACCCGCGGAGGACGAUGAGGCCGAGGGUGAUGAUGAGGCGCUCAAGACUUGGGCGCAGGAGAUGUUGGCUGGACUGCGUGUGCUGGAGAGGGGCGAGAGCGACAGCGACAGCGAGGAGGAGAAAGACGGUGUUGGAAGGGAAAUCCGGAAUGAGGACGAGGCACAGUUGGGAGUUGCGCCCAAGAAGAAACCUCCACCCACGCAGUUCGCGGAGCCGAGUGGCGACAGCUUGCUGGACAGCUUCGGCUUUUAA